AUGACCCUAAGUAAGCUCCUCGAGGAGGUGGCCUUCAAAACGGGACGCCGUGGUUGUGAUGAGGCUGGCAUCAUCGGCUCUUGGGAAGGUACCGUGAGUGAAAGCCUAGGGGGUUACCACCAGCACAUCGUCUUUGAAGAAGGUGGGAGAGCUCGGGUAACCGUCGGACAACAGACCUUCAUGGCCAACUACACUAUGAACUGCCUGAGUCUUCCCAUGACCUUAGACCUCGAGCUUCCGAGCGCGAUCAUCCCCUACAUCUUCAAGCUUGAGAAGGGCUGCUUGCAUCUGUGUGGCGCCGGAUGCGGAAGAGGGCGGCCAAAGAGUUUCCAUGGCCCGGGCUUGUGCAUCAUGAACCGAGCGGAUUCUUUCGACGGGCUUCAGCGAGGGCCGGAGCUCGAGCAGCCAGGGAUCUCCCACUUCGCCUCCUCUCCUCCAGAGCUGUCCGGUAAGAAGGCCUUUGGGGUACCGGCUGUGCUCAAGUUCAUGGAAAAUCAGCCGGCUCUGAUGGCUUCGGCGAUGAUGGCGGCCGUAGGGGCCGUGGUGGCUUGGCGCAAGAGUUGA